UAACAAAAUGUGUAAAAAGUCAAGGGGUCUGAAUACUUUCCGAAAGCACUGUAUACUCUCAUUUUGAGAAUAGUCGAAAUUAACGUGUUUUUUGCUUCAAGUGUAAUAUUUAUUGGCAGUUAGUGACAGAUAAUAUCCUGUCACUCUUAAUCAAUGAAAAUCAAUUAGUAGACAGAGAGAUUAACCUUUUUUAAAUAACAGAUUUACUUUUUGGAAAUUCCCCCCACACUCAGAAAAUAGUUAUCUGAGUUACUGUAGAACAUAAGGACAUACUGCCAGACCGCUUGGAAAAAUAAGUCAAUUUUGUAAUGCCUCUAUUACAAAUGUCAGUAUUUUUUGUACAUAAGUCGGUAUUUAUUGUUCUUUUAAAAAUCAUAAGCACAUAUUAAAGUAUUUUGCCUUCUUUUCAUUGCAUCUGACAAAGGUGUAAGGUGCAAAAGCUAUUUCUGUGAAAAAAAUGAUAAAUUAUUAUUUAGUAUAGAUGUGGUAUAAAGACAUUUUCUGCUCUAUAAUUUAUUGGGAUAUUCUUCCAUCCCACUCUUUCAUCGUUGGCUGCUUACUUUCAGAUAGCUUAUUGAUCUCGACUGCUGUCCCAAAGUUGAUGAUUUCCUGGUUGAUCAUGCAGAAUAGUACACUCGUAAUAUUUAAAAAUAUGGCUUUGUUUUGCUUUAAAGUUAUAUAUAUAUAUUCAUUCCUCCUGACCAUUUCCUGUAUUAGUUCUGGUUUUAAAGGAGCAACUUUUCUGAAUGUGCAUUUCCUGAUGAUGACUAAUGCCUGUGCAGAGUAUGGUAAACGCAUCGUGUAUCAUUAUUUAUUUGUAAAUAGGAAGUAGUCAAUACUGUUGCAUCUGGGUCAAUUAUAACCAUUGUUCCUCUGUUCCCCCCAUAUUUAGUUUUGUUGAUAUUUCAUAGACAUAAGUAACCAUUGAAUUUCAACAAGUUAGCAAGUGUUGUGGUCCUUUAUUUGUCCAAAUGCCCAGUGUUUGGGUUAGUUGUGCUUCAUGAUAGCAAGUGCCAAGGAACUUCACAUUGGGCCUAUUUGCCGAUGACUGUAUGAUUAUGAAUCUGCUAUUAUGUCCUCAGUUUUCACUGAUGCUCCGAAUGUGUUGUCCUUGGUAUUUUCAGCCUUCAUAAAAAUCUAAUCAUUUUUAUUAUAAAUCCAGAUUGGGUAUCAAUGUGCAGUCACCAAAUAUAUUUGUAUACAAAUAAAUGUACUGCAUUGUAAAAUGCUUGUCUGAGAUGUCGUAUGUCACUAAGAACAACUUUGUACCGUUUGUGAAAAUGAUUUGAACUAUGGUCAAUGGUGGUUGCGUAUGAAGCACAGUUAUUAAAACCUUGGAAAUAGCGCCUUCCAUCGGAAUUUCCAACCAAAAUUGAUGACAUGUGUUAAGGGGUCCGGUGGAAGCGCGCAACUGUAUAUAAUCAAUUUGACGUAUAGGCAUGCUCCAUGGUGGCAUUACAAAGAAAAUAUGAUAUGCUUUUAUGUUUCAGGAAGGGGAAGGAAUAGUCUAUGAGAGACGUUUCGGGGUAACCGAAUUGCGCACUAGGCCUAGCCUUAAUAAACAAGCAGCAUAGGAUGUGGCCUGCAAGGGUGCCAUUGCUCUCCGGUGACAAGUGGACUGUUUUUACACCUUCCUUCUAAAUAAGGACGCAGCCUGUCAGACAUAUGACCACCGACCCAAUUUGGGAGCUGCCAAAGGGUCUCUCAUGUCCCGCAGUUGCUUAACGCCACCCAAUGAGGUCUCUCCCUUCCUCGGUUUCACGGGCGCUGUGACAGUGUUCCGUUGAACUCUCCAGGGCACUGCAGUUCAGCGACUCUUUUCUUGCUUGCUCGCAACUUCACUCUCUACAUCCUCGGCCCUUGUAUUAUUCGACGGGGCAGCGGUGAAGUCAGCAUGACGUCAUCUAGAGAUGCGAUAGCCUGGCAUGGUGAAACAGAGUUUUGGUGAGUGGUAUUCUCCACGGCCUGCGUUGCCUACAGAGAGAGAGAGGCGCGGAGCUGCAAAACAUGGUAAUCAUCACCGCCACCACCUCAAGCUCUGCCGCACACUCUCCUAUUUCUACCCCUCUGCACUGGGGCUCUCGUUUCAUACCCAGAGUUCAGAUCCGCGUUCCAAAAAUAAUCCACUGCCAGCAUGCCGAAGGAAGAAAAACAAGAAGAGUGUUAUUUUUAGGGCCAUUAAUUUUGACCACGUGCCCCGAAGGUAAACCGGAAGGCCAUUGCGCAAAGGCUCCUCAUCAGUAUGUCCUACGAGGCCAGCACGCACUGGACGUUGACUGCGAUUGUUCUCUUGGGGUACCUAGUCGGGAUUGUGUCAUCAUAUCCUAUUCCAAGCAGGACAAAUGCAACUUUAUUGGAGAAAAGAUGGGAGACCCUCUUCUCCCGCUCCAUUCUGGGCAUCUCGGGGGAGAGAUCGGACCUGAACUGGGAGAGUGACUAUUUGCUAGGUAUCAAAAGAGUGCGGAGGCUCUACUGCAACGUGGGCAUCGGGUUUCACCUCCAAGUCCUCCCAGACGGCAGGAUAAAUGGUGUACAUAAUGAAAACCAGUACAGUCUAUUAGAGAUCUCAACGGUAGAGCGAGGAGUGGUUAGCUUGUAUGGUGUGAGAAGUGAGCUGUUUGUCGCAAUGAAUGGCCGAGGAAGGUUAUACGGAACGACAGUCUUCCAUGAUGAGUGCAAGUUCAGAGAGAGCAUGCUUCCAAACAACUACAACGCCUAUGAGUCUUCCGUUUACAGAGGCUCCUACAUUGCUCUCAGCAAGCAUGGCCGUCUGAAGAGAGGCAAAAAGGCUACCACUGCCAUGACUGUCACACACUUCCUCCCCCGAAUAUGAGCAAAACUGGCAGGCAAUAACUCACUUAUUUGCACAUGUGGAUUGUUGUCCAGGUAACAUUAUACUGUAUACACCAAUACAAAUGGACUGAAAAAGAAAGAAAUACCACUAUAUGAUAGUAUUUAUUCAGUCUUUAUAUGUAUAUUUCGGUAGCUUACUUUGUAUUAGAACUUACAGAUAUGCCAUUAAUUGCUGCUUAUUAUUUUAUCAGUAUUAUAUAAGGGGUGGAGAAGCUUCAUCUGUCCCCUUCACUUUGUAUGUGUGCUUGCCAUACAUAAAUGGUGAAGACCUUGCCCUGUCAGUAGAUGACAGCUCAUCUCAGCAUCUAGAAGUGGAAUGGAUACUUUUUAUUACCUCAAAGCGCCAUUUCCCGAAUGAAAUAAUGUGUGCAUGAUAUUUCUACUGAGAAGAAUGCCUGUUUACUUUGAACUUUUGUCAUUAUCCAUCAAGAACUAAACAUUUUCCAUCAUCUGUGUCAACAUUAUAUCAUUGUCUAGUAAGGGCAACUAGAGCACUCACCAAAUAUUUGUUUCCUUGCUUUGUGAUGAGGUGGUGGUUGCCUUUGAUUCCUACUUGUGGCUCCUUCCCUUGCAUGCGAGAAACGCUCCCCUCAGUCAGAAAUAGGGACGACACGCAAGUCAUCACUCCCUCAGACACUCCAGGGGGCUUUAGCCCAAUUCCUAGAGGGCCAAAAGUAUCUUCAGUUUAUUUUCUUUCCAAAAUUAGAUCAGUUAAGUAAUUGAGACUGUUGGACAGGCCGGGCCCCUCAGGAGCUCAAAGCCAUUGAUGUGGGAAGCUAGAACUGGAGACCCACCAUGCUAGGAGAACUUUGACAAUCCUGGCUUUUAUGAGGCUGAGUGUGAGAUGGCUUGAUGUUUAGACCAGAUUGAAAUGUGUGUGUCUGGUCUUGGACUAACCGGGAGCCUGCUGUAUCGAUCGAUCAAACAGUUUGAUUCGUUUUUUGAAACUGAUGAGGGUUGAAACCUUAACUUAUCUUCCGGUUUGAAAAAAAAUGUUAGCACUUUUACAGUAUCUCCAUUUCUGCAGUAAAUGUUGAGCUGCAUAAAUAGUGCUUGUUUUCACGUUCACUCUGUAAAUGAGGGUCUGCUACAUUAAUUAGAAAAAUAUGUAAAUAUUCCUAUUACAUUUUUUGAGAAGGGAUCAUUAUUUCAUGCAAUUAAGAUGUGCUAACAACAUUUCAGGUAUCACAAUCUGGCUAUUAUGUCUAAUAUCUGAUAUUUAGAUAAUAAUAAGGAUUGUACUCGUACGUACCUGUUUCUCUCUUUUAUUGUUUAAACUGGUUAUUAAGUUGUAAGAUCUUGUGUGAAAGAAAAACAGAAGCAAUGUCUCAAAGCAAUUCACCAAAGGCUUACAGUAGUGAUGUUUGGGCUUUGUACAGUAUGCAGCAUAAUUGAAGUCAAUGCUUGCUUGCUCUCCUCCUCGAAUACUGUACCUGAGCAGACCCCCCUUGGCCAGUUGACACUGUAAAAACCCUUUGUUCAACAACAGUCUUGAGAUUCCAGAAGUAUCCUUCCUCCCCCACCCAGAGCCAUUUUAGUCCAAGGUCAGAGUCAUAGACCUCUUUCACUGUGUCUAAGCACAUGGUGUUCAUGUUCACCAGUAUCACUUGGCCCCUUUGAUGCCCCUUUGACCUACGUUUUGUUUGUUAUUCCUUUAUUUAUUUAUGAAUGGUGUGUAGCUCAAUGAAAACCUUGCAUGAAUGACAUAAGGUGAUUUUUAGGUGUAAGUGGUUUGAUUCUGUAUCUCUCUUUGACUGGUCGCCAAUGAGCAUGGAUUUAUUGGGAAUGAAGUGGCAUAAUCUGAUUUAAAGAUUUACCUUUGGCUAUUACAAUGCUAUAAGUAUGUUUGGUGCGUCUGAGUAAAAUACACAGGAAAGGUCAUCUUUGACCUCUUUUACCAACCUUUAACUUUACGCCUGUUAAAUUCUUAUUCCAACACAGCAUUGGUAGCCCACUGUAAAAUGGAUGUGAGCUGGUACUUACCCUCACACAAGUACUUACAGUAGUAAGAAGAGACAGGCUGAGGCUUGAUGCAGUGUCUGGUUGGGAUGGAACACAGGAAGCAUCUGUGUCAAAUCAAAUCAAAUUUUAUUGGUCACCUACACGUGUUUAGCAGAUGUUAUUGUGGGUGUAGCGAAAUGCUUGUGCUUCUAGCUCCGACAGUGCAGUAAUAUCUAACAAGUAAUAUUUAACAGUUUCACAACAUAUACCCAAAAUACACGUAAAUCUAAGUAAGGAAUGGAUUAAGAAUAUAUAUACAUAUAUGUCAGUGAGGCAUUGGACUAAGAUACAGUGGCAUAGUAUAGAGUACAGUAUAUACAUAUGAGAUGGGUGAUGCAAUAUUUACAAACAAUUAAAGUGACUAAGAUACUGUAGAAUAGUAUAGAGUACAGUUUACACAUAUGAGAUGAGUAAUGCAAGAUACAGAGACAUUAUUAAAGUGGCUAGUGUUUCAUUUCAUUCAUUUCAUUGUCAACAGUCAUCAUACUCCAUAUUUGCCACAGCCAAAGAGAAAGCAAAGUUCCAAUCAGAUCAAUUCACCAAGCUGAAAUUGUAUCGAUGUGCUAGCUAGGCGCUAUUUCCAUCAAGGGGGAUGGCGGACAAUGAAAAUAUGUAACACAAAGGUUGUUUUGGAUUUGGACCGUUAUGAGAUAAAACACGAUUUUAUAUGCAUAACUAGUAGUGCUGUUGCUUGAACCAUGGUGCUCCCAGGAGAUAUAGCUACUGUAAUAGUUAUGCAAGUUAAAAGUGUUGCUCAGUCUGCCAAGUAGAAUAAUCUCUACAGCUAGCACCAGAUCAAGCCCACUUUCAUUGUCACAAUGGAACUGAAAAAUGUCUUCACCACCUACCUAUUCAGGAUGAUGAUCAGUAAUUGAGGAAUGAAUGAAAACAAGCUUUUCCACUCUCUUGCAUGUGUUCGUCUGGGAUGAUAACAUAGCAGGAUUCAUGGUUUAUUGAAUUUGGAUGGUGCAAAAUCUUAUUUUCCAUCCUUUCUUCUCCCCACAAUGUCAUCAUAAUAAGACAUGCAAUGUGAAUGUUCAUGAAGGUGAACAAUAUUUGUUUUGAUAACAACAUCCUUAUCAUUCUUUUUUUUUUUUUGCUAGUCCAUAUGGGCAACAGGACACUAUCAUGACAACAUGCAAAUACGUGAACUGAAAUAGAUAUUUGGAAAUGUGAGAAUUGUGCCUCUGUCACAAUGGCUUCUCAUGUCAUAAGGGGCACCUAGUUCAGUGUACACCUGUUAGUCCUAACCAUAGGUCUUUGUACCAAAUGUAUUAAAGCUGCUUAAAGAGUGUUAGAUACUCAAAUGGUGUUCAAGCCUACAGUAACUUACAAUACAGUGCGUUGCAGGCUCUCCAACUUGUGAAAAGGUGCUAUGGGUGGUAGUGGAUAAGGGAGUGGUGGUAGCGAUUCAGUGUGUGUCCCUGUGUGUCGGCAGCCUAAGUUUGAGUUCUCUCAGUUUUCUAUUCCUGCACAGAGGGGAGUGUGCUUCCUUCUGAAUCCCCCUCCUCUUUUUUAACAUAUACCUCACCUUCUGCCUUAGUUCUGAUUUAAUGAAAUGAUUGUAAAUUAGUUUGAAAUAACAGACUUCUUCAAUCAUUUGUUUCUUAAAAAAUAUGAUGACGAGUAAGAAUGCUAAUAUACUAAAAAUGGUUUUCCUUUUAUUUUUGUACGUAUGUGCUGUGCACAGCAGUCAACUGUAUUCCUGAAUGAAUAAUAAAACAUGUUUUAUAUGG